AUGACGGUUUUGCCUGCAUCAAUUUGUUUUGUAUUACGAUCAGCCACAACAUACCUCAUAGCUACUAACUUCCCGUCACAUUCGUGCAGGUUUCAGCAGUGUUCCUACGCGCAUAGUGCUAUUUUUAGAAGAACCCUGGAGGGAUUCUUGCGCCCCGCGUCGCGAAUACCCAUAGAAAUACUGCAAUUUCAUUGGAAGAUAUGUAAUCGAAUUGCAGAAGGCUUUUGCUAAACUAGGCUUGAUUUUCGCUAUCAUGAUUGGUCAUGAUUUUUGUACCUCUAGGGGAGGGGUGGGAGGAUCGCAGGCUCCUUUCCCGUAUGGCUUUCACUAACUAACUUUUUAAAAACGGUAAGUUGUUAGCCUUUUAAAUCAAUUAUCUUCGAAGCCGCUGACCAGUGUGUGUAGUAGUCACGGCUUCAACCACCAUAGAAAUUCUGGUGGUUAGGAUUUCUAAACAAAACCAGAACCAAAGAGGGCUGAGGAAAUUAACCAAACAGAGCUCGAGAGAAAAACCCAGAAAGAUACUGAGUCAAAGUGAAAGACGUCAAAGCAUACAGAGUUUGAUACUUAGAAAUUUUAAAAAGCGAAGCAAAUAUCUUUCAUGCCCUCACGGACCAACUUUGUUUCUUUAGCGACCUCAUAAGAAAUACGGCUGAAAGAGUAAGACAUCAGACAUUUUUAACUCCAAGCCACCGAAUUUUCGAUUGCAUAACGCGGCUUACUAGGAAUACCACGAGAACAUUUCGUUUUUACUAGAGAAUCAAUAAAAAAUUAUAUUUCUUUCACCAAGAUGGUUGCGCAACCUCUGAGAUAGAGGUCCCAUUAUAAACAUCAUACAAAGUUCCACGCGGGGGGCAUUCGCGUUCAAAAUAAGAGCACAACAAAAUAAAUGAAAAUUAACAGUUUUCUUUUGUUAGCAAAGGGAAAUUUUCACUUCAGAAUAUUGUUUGCUUCUCGUGCGUUAAUUAACUAUGAACAAUGCGAGAAUAGUUUCUAAAUGUGAGAUACCAAACGAAAGACGACGAAUUAUCACCAGAAAGAGAACUAUCAAAAUUGAUCAAAAUUACAUAAACGAAUUUCAGGUCGGUAAAGAGAAUUUUAUUUUCAUUUAUGUCAAUUAAAUAGAAGAAGCCACCUCAGGCUGAUAUAGCAUAAUGACUGACACGUCAAGAAACAAAAUUUGCAUUUCAAUGAGGAUUUGAAUGGAACAUUGAAACAGGUGGAAUUUACGUGAAUGCAGUAAACAGUCCAAUAAGAUAGUGAGUGGUGCAAGGCUCUGUAAGAAGCUAGCAAGUUCAAAAUACAAAACAAAAAUAUUAUAUUUAAAAAUUGAGGUUGAAAAGAAACCCAUCUGUAACCUUCUGGUGUAUUUCAGGGGAGCGCUUUGGUAUCAAGUUUUUAAGCGAUUUUUAGCCGUUGGACGCAGCUAUGAUCAAAGGAAAAUCAGGAAAAGCGGAUCUAACACCAUCCACCCGCUUUCAGGUAAAAUAUCUUGGCUGUGGAAAAACAGAAGAACCCGGCGUCGCUGGGAUAGAAAAAGCAGUACGCAAAAUACAAGAACAAGUGAAAGACGAUGACAAAAGCUGUCCGAAAAUGUAUUUAGAGGUGGAAACUAACGGCGUAAAAUUCACGGAGGUGAAAACCAAGUCCACAAUGAACGAAUCAAAGUUUAUAUCUCUUGAUAACAUUUCCUAUUGUACUUUAAACAGACUUGACGCCACUAUCUUUGCGUUUAAUCACCACAAAGGUCCAUCAGUAAUCGAAUGUCAUGCGCUGGCCUGUGACAGCGAAGAGAGAGCAAAAGCUAUUGGACUGGCUUUAUAUGCUGCUUUUCGAGAAGGACAUUUUCAAAAGCUGCGUCGGGAUAGACGCAAGUCCUUUGAGCAGAAGCGCUUUGAGAGGAGAACAAGUUUUCAUAAUUACGACUGCAAAACCUCUAGCAAUACUACCGAUGGAAAAUCUUCUUUAAAUGUUGCAAAAGAUUCUCCGAAUGAGGACAAUUCAACCAACGAUGUUGGCCAUUUUGAGCCACGUCGAGGCAAUUUAGAGGUAGAUAUUCAUAGCAAUUACGAGGAACAAGAUCUUGAAUUGGAUAAAAUUAUUGAGGAUCUUCUGUCGACAGUGGAAUUAGAAAGGGCAAAAAUUGAACAAGAUUCUGUUUGA